AUGUCAUUGGCGUUCGUGCUGUCAGUUUCUUUCCAGAUUAAUACUCUUUCAGGUACCCAUCGCAAAACCAGUAAUGUUAGUCGUGAGUCCAACAAUGAUUCUCAUGCACGACUUAAGGGGCGAGAUGGCUCAGUGAUUAGAGUGCGAAUUUACGUACCGGAAGACCCCAGCACUCUUUCGGUGCCUAGCUGCCGCGUCACAUUAAGGAGGCACGAGGGCUGGGAUACUGCCAGGUCACCCAAGCUUAGACAGGGAAAGUCGAGAGGCAGAGGUCGGGUUCGAACAACGGACCUUCCGUGUCCCCAUCCAAACACAGAGAGGGUAGAGUGGACCCCACCAAGUAAGACAAACAGCACCAACUACUUCCAAACAUUUCGUAACCACCUUCAUUCGCCAAAUACAAAUCAACCGUGGACCCAGUUGGACCACGUGGCCAUCAGCCACCGGUGGAGAGCCACCAUUCAAGACUGCCGUUCCUUCUGGGGCACACCACUUGAUUCCGAUCACGCCAUGCCCACUGACAGUGCUGGAUUUAUGCACCAACGCGCCUGCAAUGCGCAGCUACCUACCCCCUCCCCCAAAUCAUCGGUGAACGAAACUGCGGCAGCUGCAACCACUGUACGACGAGUAUGCGGUGCCACUUCACCUUUGGUCAGUCAUUCCUAUCUUCAAAAAGGAUACGGGGAUGCUUGUGAAAACCACCGUGGAACCAGUCUGGUAGCUGAAGCAUCAAAGGUCUUUUCGGGCCUUCUCCUUCGACGGUCGACCUAA